GCUGACUGCAGAUAUGUCAAGAUCUUACCUUGAGGUUUCCAGAGGUUUCCACGUAAUGAAGCAUCUGAGAGGCAUGAGUGCAGUGUUUGUUCUCCUUCCUACUGUGCUGUUUGUGACGUUGAGUGGGGCUCAGCGAGCUUGCCCCAAGAACUGCAGAUGUGAUGGCAAAAUUGUGUACUGUGAAUCCCACGCAUUCAGAGACAUCCCUCACAACAUUUCUGGAGGGUCUCAAGGCUUAUCAUUACGGUACAACAGCAUCCAGAAGCUCAAGCCAAAUCAGUUUGCAGGCCUACACCAACUCAUAUGGCUUUACCUUGAUCAUAACUACAUCACCUCAGUGGAUGAGGAUGCUUUUCAAGGCAUCCGAAGGCUGAAGGAAUUAAUUCUAAGCUCCAACAAAAUUACCCACCUUCACAAUAAAACAUUUCACCCAGUUCCCAAUCUACGCAAUCUAGACCUCUCUUACAACAAGCUGCAGGUGCUUCAGUCAGAGCAGUUUAAAGGUCUUCGCAAGCUCCUGAUCUUGCACUUACGAUCCAACUCAUUGAAAACGGUUCCCAUUCGGGUUUUCCAAGAUUGUCGCAAUCUUGAUUUUCUGGAUUUAGGCUACAAUCGUCUGCGGAGUUUAUCUCGCAACGCCUUUGCUGGUCUUUUGAAGCUCACAGAGCUCCACCUGGAACACAACCAAUUUUCUAAGAUCAACUUCGCUCACUUUCCUCGUCUCUUUAAUCUCCGCUCCAUUUACUUGCAGUGGAAUAGGAUCCGAUCCCUGAGCCAAGGGUUGACAUGGACAUGGAGUUCUUUGCACAAUUUGGAUUUAUCGGGAAACGACAUUGCAGGGAUUGAACCUGGGACAUUUCAGUGCCUGCCCAACUUGCAGAAGCUCAACUUGGAUUCCAACAAACUGACUAAUGUCUCUCAGGAGACUGUCAAUGCCUGGAUUUCUUUGAUAUCUAUUACUCUUUCUGGAAAUAUGUGGGAAUGUACCCGGAGCAUUUGCCCUCUGUUUAACUGGCUUAAAAACUUCAAGGGAAACAAAGAAAGUACCAUGAUUUGUGCAGGCCCUAAGCAUAUUCAGGGCGAAAAGGUGAGCGAUGCUGUAGAAACCUACAACAUUUGUGCAGAAAUCCCCGUGGUGGUCACUGAAAAACCCUACCAAGUCCCUAAAACCCAGCAAAGACCCAUCUUUAUUCCAAAACCUACCAUUCCGAAAGUGGAAGACUAUGAAGCAACCUCUUUUACACCAAGCCCUUCUCCAGAUUUUCCAGUACCUAUACCAGGACCAGAAUAUGAGCACGUUUCCUUUCACAAAAUAAUUGCUGGAAGUGUUGCCCUUUUUCUUUCAGUGGCUAUGAUUUUGUUGGUCAUUUAUGUUUCAUGGAAACGCUACCCAGCCAGCAUGAAACAGCUCCAGCAACACUCGCUUAUGAAAAGGCGUAGGAAAAAAGCCCGAGAAUCUGAAAGGCAAAUGAACUCCCCUUUACAGGAGUAUUACGUGGACUACAAGCCAACAAACUCUGAGACCAUGGAUGUAUCGGUUAAUGGAUCUGGACCCUGCACGUAUACCAUUUCUGGCUCCAGGGAAUGUGAGUAAUGAAAAAGCACUUCCGGAAAAUAUCAAUGGAAAAAAAACACAUUUGUCUUUAUGGAUCAAGUAGAAUCUUCAGCCCACAUAUUUCGGUAACACUUUUAUUACAAUGCAAGUAGCUCUGCUUUGGCUUUUUCUCGCUAGCUGAAAUCCCAGGGUGCCCUGGCAACUUUAAUUUAUUUAUCUGUUAGCAAACAGAAAUGUAUACCAUGUUUACAAAUUUGCUAAGUUCUGUGCUCCAGUUUGUAUUCUUCAAAAGUUCAACGCUGAAUCAAUUGCUGGCUUCUCAUGGUUUCAUAUUCCUCUACUUUUAAUUCAAGUUUAAUUUUCAUUAUUUCUAAUGUAUUUCCUUUAAAAAAAAAACACAUGCAUAGAGUUUUGGUAGUACUAAUCCUAUGACUAUAAUAAGGAAAUUAAUUGUCACUGAUUUUGAACUCCAAGGAAAAUAGAAAAGCUGUGUUUGACUCUUUGAAUUUGAUUCCGUUGAAUGGGUACAAUGUGUAUAUAAAUCUUUCUGAGAGAAAGGGAUUUUGAAUGGUGCAUGAUAGUGGUGGGAUCAUAUUUUAUCACCAAACACCCUCCAAAAUAGAGUUAGCACAAAGGAAUGAGUGGAAACCAAAUGUAACUUUAUUUUAUCAAUAAAUCCAGCAAGCAGAAAUCUACUCUAGUUUUCCCAGUUAUCAUAUUUAAAAAGUAUAAGUAAUGGCAAUUUUUGGAAGAUGGCAACUUUGUGAGAGCAUAUACAAUCGUGAAUGCUUGAAUUCUGCAGGGUUGAUAUAUAACUUUCUUCUAGCAGGCUUGAUCUUUUUUUAAAAGUGAAUUGGGAAUAUAGGAAUAAACUUACAUUAACAUUGUUACUUUGGAAUGAAGAGAGAAAGACUUUCAGCUUAACUUGGGAAAGAUAUGGUGAGAUAUGAAGAGAGUAGGUUAAUCUGUUCAUCUAUUCCACUGUUGAGUGCCAUCCUAUGAUCCCUCUCCUAAAAUGAUGUCUAUUUCAGUAUUCAUUGGAUUCUGUAGAUGUGCAGUUGAAGUAGACCUUAACACUAUUGUUUUUGACUUUGAUCCUGAACUUAAAUCAUUUCAUGGAAUCCAAGAAAAAUAACCAUGGCACUAGAAUGUAUUGUAAAUGUCUUAAUUUAAAAAAAAAAAAAAAAACAACAGUUGUCAGCAUAUGGCUUGUGGGUAUAAUAAGUCAAAGGCCAAAGGCAUCUAUUUGGAACUUCUUUUAUGACAAUUAUUUUGUCAUAAUCAGCAAUUAUUUUGCUCAUGCCCAUAUUGGAAGAAAGGGAACAAUAAUAAAAAAAGUAGGAUAAAAAAAACUAAAUUCAUUUUGUAUGGUGUAAGAUUCUGUAACCUUUAAAAAGAAAAGAUUGGAUGAAAAUUGACUGCUGUGUAAAGAAAUCAACUUAGUUUUUAAGAAUAAAUCUUUUGCGUUGUCAAGCAUAUGAUAGGAUGUCAGCUGUUUUGUAAAGAUCACUUUUUGAGUGGGAGAAUUUGUAUAUUAUUUCAGGAUUUAUAAUUUUCUAAAAUUACCUCAACUCAGAGAGAAAUGACAUUGACUAAAGCUUAACAAGAAAUUUCCUGUUAAUUUGGAGAAGUAUAUGGUUGACUGAAGGACCUCCAACAGGGUGGAAGAAAUAAACAUGGCCUAUGAAAGUGAUGAAA